AUGGGAGACCCGAGCCAUAACAUCAACGAGAAGAUGCUCCAUCAUCUGCAUCUCAUCAGCACCUAUAGAUAUGCCGCGAUGGCUGAUGUUGGCGUUCCUGAUGCUUCCAAGUGGUUGAUGGCUGCCCCCAAAAUCGCCCGCGACACCGCGCCUUUCUUUUGGACAUACCUCGACGCCCCUGCCGACGGCACCAUCAUGCUCACGUGGCAACCUUUACAACGCCUGGAUACAAACUUUGCAACUGAUGGAUACAUUUGGCCAUAUCCUGAGACAUAUUUCCAGCAGGAUCUUGGCAACGGGCUGGUGUUGGAGAUGUUUUUCCAAAGGAUGGGAUACCGACAGGGGGAGCAAUUCGCCCAACACUCGAGGAAGCGCUUUCGCCUGGUCCCCAAGCAACCUCAAGUUCCUGGCGCGCCCCAAGUCGACCCCAGCCUCUGGAUCGUCCACUACGGGCCCAACUCGGCUCAAGACCGAAUGCCCGUUAACAUGAUACCUAUUGACCCUCGCACUCAUGCCAUGAUGCAGUCUCGCAUGCAAUUGCAGAGGGGCGGUCAGAUUGCACGUAAAGAGUUCAUGCUUGCUGAUCGACUUAACUGGCCCACCAUCAAUCCCCCACGGGAGGGCAGAGGCCACCCAAUGAUGGCUCAGCAACCCCAUCCGCGCACCAUCCCACAGCAGAUGGCCUACCCUCCCCAACCGCCAGUCCCAAACAAGCGGGCGAGGACUAGUGCCCACCAGAACCAGCAGAUGAUGAGUGCGGCCCCUUUCAUACCUUAUGACGAUGAAGACGACACCCACCAGGGCGACGUCUUUGAUCACAUGAGUCCUCGCGACGUCAGUAUGGCCAGGUACACGCGCAACCACGAGUGGAUGGAAGAGGUUCUGGGCUCUGCCUACCGGAUAGGGCAGAUCACACCGGCAGACCUUGGCCUCGGCUUGCAGGGAGAGCUAUCAUCUUUGACGCAAGGAAUUUACGAGGCCUCAGGUGUCGAUGCGCACAAGAAGCCUCCAGCCAAGCCCGUGGUCGGCCAUCUCGAUCCCAAGCAGGCUGAUGAAUUCCGCAAGAGAGUCUCAGAGAAGAUCGAGAAUGACAAGGCUGAGAUGGCGCGCCUGAAGGAACAGCAUGAGAAGAUGAUGGACAAGUUCAAGUCGAACUCGAUCCUCAACCGCGCCGAAAAAGACUUGCGCGUUGCUGUCGAUGAAACAGGCCCCGAAUUUUGGCGGCUUGAAGGAAAAGAGGAAGACGAAGGGGAGGCCACGACCCAAUGGAACGGGAGUGAGCACAGAAAGGUCAGCGAUAUUGUUGCUGAUGUUGAGUCAGCUCUGGGCCGGCAUAUCGCGGUUGUCAGUGAUGUUAGGCGCAUCCAAGACGGCGGAUACCAGGAGCCAGCGCCUGAGCCCGAGAGUCUACCACUGCCUCCAGCUGCACCACUUCCGAACGCUAAUGGCGCUGGGCAAGGCGAGCUAUCCCGGCAAGCGUCACAGGCAGGCUCCCAGGCAAGUGGGGUCCUGGCUGGCGAUUCUGAUAUCGACAUGGGAGGAACCGCUGCUGGUCUACUGGACCAGAUGCAGGGUGGAACAUCAUCCACUUCUACGCCUCAGCCUCAACCACCCACCAUUGCGUCAGAUGCAGCGACACCAGCCAACGCAGCGGCCACACAGGUGACAGCUGAGCAAGCCCCAGCAAAUGCUUCUGAAGAUGUCACAAUGGAAGACUCUGACCAAGCCAAGGAUGUGAGUACAGCUCCAGACCAAGGAACUGAGAGCGGAGAUUGGGUCGUCGUGCCCAAGGGUGGUGUGUCACCAAACGCAUCUGCUAGUGCCGCGCCUGUAGUGGACUCCGCCCCGAUACCGACUGAGAGCAUGGAAGCCAACAAGUCUGUUGAUAACGACGAUUUCAUGAACUCUGCCGGUGAGGCCCUCGAUCAAUCGGCUGCAGAUGACACGCCCGGGGACUUCGGUGACAUAGGCAUGGAGGAUUCUGCCUUCGGUGAGGCCAUGUAUGGCGCCGAAGUGUCCCGGGACUCUGCGUCGAACACGCCUGCAGACGGCGGCGUGUAA